AUGAAGUCAAGCAGGAAGCCCCGGGAGGAGAUGAAUCGCCAGGCGCCAGGUCGGAUGCAUCGCUCGUCCAACGCGAUCGCAUCGAAGGGCUGCAUGGCUCUCAUUUUCCUUGCCUUCUGCUCCGCUCUCGUGCAGCUCUUCGCAGGCGGCACGAUGCCUUUUGCUACUCGCCUACCUCAAGCCAAGAAGAGGUGUAUUGACGAGGACCAAUUUACAGAUUUUAUCUGGCUCGUCAGUCUUGCCCUGCAGGUCACAAGCGUAGCAGGGGCUGUGUCGUGCAGGGUGGCCUUCGGCAUUGUUCCGAUGGUUCACGCGGCUAUCACAGACGGGGGACAUGGCUCUUUUACGGCUUGGCUAUUGGAGUUAUUUGGGCGGAGGUCGGCUGCAGCAGUGUACAUACGAUAUCGUCAAGGGUUCCUCGUGUUCGCCGCCGAUCUGCUCUGCGGCUUCGGUAUCCUUUGCCUGGGAUUUUCGUUUCUUACGAUGACAGCAGGGUAUGGUAUCUCGUUGAUAACACUACAAGUGUACGCCUGGGUCAACCUGCCGGUGAUCUAUGCCUUAAAUCAGGCGGUCGUCCUCCUGAUCCCUGUGGGUGGUCUGGGAUAUGCGAUGAGAUGGAUCGUGCGCCUCGUCUACGACCAGUUAAGCGACCCGAGGCGGUAG